AUGUUUUACAAUCUCAUUGUUAAAAAGGACCUUUUAUAUGGUUUUAGCUUUUCGAAAGACGGUGUUGGUGAAUGUUGGUAUCGGGUUAAAUCGAAACUUGAAAUUCUUGGUUCUUAUGCUGAUGCUACUGAAGGACUAACAACACACGGGUGGAUAACGAAGAUUGAAAACCACAGUUGCUUUGUCCGCUUUUACAAUGGAGUACAAGGGUUUGCCCCUAGAUCUGAACGUGGACUUGAUCCCGGGUGUGAAAUAAGUUCCAUGUAUCACGUUGAACAAGUAGUCAAAUGUAGAGUUACGAGUUCUAAUCCAGCUUCACGCCGUAUUAACCUCAGUUUCACAAUGACACCCUCAAGGGUAUUCAGCAAUGAACUCGUUAAACCAGGAAAUGUUGUUUCUGGAGUGGUUGAACGAGUAACUCCGGAUGCAAUUGUGCUAGAUGUUACUGUUCAGGGUCAUUUUAAGGGCACAAUCUCACCCCAACAUUUGUCUUAUCACAGUGGUGAAUAUCAUCCGUUGAAUCCUUUGUUUCUCUGCAAUUGCUUUUACUGUUUUAAGCCGCUUGCAGGCCAUGCUGAGUUGAUGAAGUCUGCCUUGAGACCUGGGUAUGAAUUUGAUCCGCUUUUGGUUCUUGACAUAGACGGCAGCAAUUUUAUACCCUCAGCAAAACAUUCUCUUGUGACCUCAGCUCAGCAACUUCCGCUGGAUAUUAACCAAGUCCGUCUUAACUCGGUGCUGCAUGCUACUUAUGAUAGAAGAUCUAGUCUUUCUGAAGUUUACCAGAUUGGACAGUCUGUACGCACUAACGUUGUUGAUGUCAACAGUGAAACAAGUCGAAUUACAGUUUCUUUGAAGCAGUCUUUUUGCUCUUCAACGGAUGCAUCCUUUAUUCAAGAAUACUUCCUUGUGGAGAAGAUUUCCAAGCUGCAGUCAGUGGACUCUGGAGGUUCCGACUUAAGAUGGGUGGAACAGUUUAAUCUGGGUUGCACUGUGAAGGGAAAAGUUCAUGAAAUAAAGGAAUUCGGUGUUGUAGUAGGCUUUCAGAAAUUAAGUGGAAUCCCUGUGGAGACUGGCUCAAGUAUUCGCACAGCAGUACUGGAUGUUUCCAAGAUAGAACGCCUGGUGGAUCUGUCUUUGAAGCCUGUUUUUGUGGAUAAAUCAAAGAAAGAGACCACUAACAGUCAAACCCAGAAGAAACGCAAAAGGGAAAUGCUAGGAGAAUUGGAAGUAAAUCAAACUGUAAAUGUUGUUGUGGAGAUUGUUAAAGAAAAUUACUUGGUUGUUUCAGUACCAUCAUAUAAUUACACACUUGGAUAUGCAUCACGAGCUGAUUACAAUACUCCAAAUUUUCCACCUAAAUCAUUUACCAAUGGAGAAAGCUAGUUGUGUGAGUGGUAGGUCAUUUUUAUUCAUUGUCCCUCUCCUUCAACAAGUGGGAGAUUGCUGCUGCAGCUCAAGUCUAUCAGUGAAGCUAUUGAAACGUCAAAUUCCAAGACUAAAAGGAAAUCUACUUAUAAUGUCGGAUCGCUGGUUCAGGCAGAGAUUACUGAAAUAAGUCCACUUGAACUGAGACUAAAAUUUGGGUCCAGUUUCCAUGGGAGGGUGCACAUAACAGAGGCAUCAGAUGACAAUUAUACUGAAGCUCCAUUUAGUAACUUCAGAUUUGGGCAGACACUUACUGCAAGGAUCAUUUCAAAGUUUAAUAUUUCAGAAAGUGUUAAGAGUGUCUAUCAGUGGGAGCUAUCCAUUAAACCAUCCAUACUUGCAGGAUCUGGUGAAAUUGAACCCGUUAAAAAAUUCAGUUAUUCAACUGGCCAGCUAGUUUCUGGCUUUGUGUACAAAGUUGACAGUGAAUGGGCUUGGAUAACGAUAUCUCGAGAUGUUAAGGCCCAGCUCUAUAUCUUAAAUAGCUCAAGUGAGCCUAGUGAGCUAGAUGAAUUUCAGAAAAGGUUCUCUGUUGGCAGGGCCUUCUCUGGUUAUGUUUUAAGUUGUAACAAGGAGAAGAAGUUAGUGCGCUUAAUUUCACAUCCACUGUUGAUUGACCCAGAAAGACCUGCUUGUCAAGAAGAUGGUCCCACAGAUCAUUUAAGUGAAAAUAUGUCAUUUCAUAUUCGUAAAGGCAGUGUUUUGGGUGGCAGGAUUUCCAAAAUCCUUCCAGGUGUUGGUGGAGUGCUUGUUCAGAUUGAUCCUCACCUAUAUGGUAAGGUUCAUUUCACUGAACUGACAGAUCCAGGGGUAACCGAUCCUCUAUCUGGAUAUCAUGAAGGACAAUUUGUAAAGUGCAAAGUUCUGGAGAUUGCUUAUUCAGGCAAGGGAACUGUUCAUAUUGACCUCUCGCUGCGAUCUAUUUCACACAAAACCCAGAAGCAGAAACUCUCUGCACUCAAUGACACUUUGAAGUUUCCUGUAUUGGUGGAGAAGAUUGAGGAUCUUCAUCCUAAUAUGAUGGUGCAGGCAUAUGUGAAAAAUGUAACACCAAAAGGCUGUUUUGUAAUGCGUUCGCGCAAAGUUGAUGCUAAAGUUCUCCUGUCAAACUUGUCUGAUGGCUAUGUGGAAAAUCCAGAGAAAGAAUUCCCUGUUGGGAAACUUGUCAUGGGAAAGGUAGUCUCCAUGGAGCCAUUGUCCAAGCGAGUGGAAGUCACUCUAAGGACAUCGAGUGCAGUUGGUGCCCCCAGCUCUGAUUAUGAUGCUCUAAGUGAUUUGACUGUUGGGAAUGUCAUAUCUGGCAGAGUCAAGCGAGUUGAACCAUAUGGUCUGUUUAUCACAGUUGAUCACACAAACUUGGUUGGGUUGUGCCAUGUUUCAGAGAUCUCUGACAAUCAUGUUGACACUAUUGACUCUAGACACAAAGCUGGGGAUAGAGUUACAGCAAAGAUUUUGAAGGUUGAUAAGGAAAGACAUCGAAUUUUACUUGGGAUGAAGAAAUCAUAUUUUAAUGAUGCUACAAGUACUGAAACAGAUGCAAGGCUGAGUUCUGUAGUGAAUGGAGAUGCUCUUUCCAUAGGUAUUGAAUCAACUCCUUCACCUGAGAAGAGCUCUCAAGGACGGGAGGAUCUUGAUGGUGAAUCUGUUGAUGGGAAGGAUCUGUUCCUUGCUGAAGUUGAAUCUCGGGCAUCCAUACCGCCACUGGAGGUCCCACUUGAUGAUACUGAAAAUUUGGAUAUGUGUGAUGUAGUUAAUGAAGACUCAGGUGAUGCCAUCAAUUUCGAUACUUUAGAUGACAAGAACAAGAAACGUGCAGCAAAAAAAGCUAAAAGAUUGAGGGAACAAGAAAUUAGAGCUGCCGAGGAAAGAUUACUGGAAAAAGAUAUUCCCAGAGAUGAAGAUGAGUUUGAGAAAUUAGUUAGAAGUUCCCCAAAUAGCAGCUUUGUCUGGAUAAAAUACAUGGCAUUUGUGCUGUCUUUGGCUGAUGUUGAGAAGGCCCGAUUGAUCGCCGAACGGGCUUUGAGGACGAUAAAUGUGUGAGAAGAGUUGGAAAAGCUGAAUGUUUGGGUUGCUUACUUUAAUUUAGAAAACGAGUAUGGAAAUCCACCAGAGGAAGCUGUUGCAAAAGUAUUCCAAAGAGCAUUGCAGUAUUGUGAUCCCAAAAAAGUGCAUUUGGCCUUGUUAGGAAUGUAUGAGAGGACUGAGCAACACAAACUCACAGAUGAACUUCUUAACAAGAUGGUCAAGAAGUUCAAGCAUUCGUGCAAGGUUUGGCUCAGGCGGGUUCAGUGGCUAUUGAAACAAAACCAAGAUGGAGUCCAGUCAGUGGUGAAUCGUGCUUUGCUAAGUCUUCUUCUGCACAAACAUUUUAACUUUAUUACACAAACAGCUAUUCUAGAGUUCAAGUGUGUAGUUUCUGACAGGGGUCGCUCCUUAUUUGAGAAAAUGUUUCGCGAGUAUCCAAAGAGAACUGAUCUGUGGAGCGUUUAUCUCGAUCAGGAGAUUCGACUGGGAAAUGCAGAUGUGAUCCGUUUAUUUGAAAGGGCAAUUACUCUUAGCCUUCCACCCAAAAAGAUGAAGUUCCUCUUUAAAAAGUAUCUUGAGUAUGAAAAUACGCUUGGUGAUGAUGAACGAAUGGAGGCUGUGAAAAGGAAAGCAAUGGAAUAUGUUGAGAGCAGUCUUACAUGAAUUAAACACAGCAGUCGUGGAGAUACUGGAAUAUUUUGACCUGGUUCAGAGUCCUUCAUAGUGCUGGAGAACAGAUCAUCACAUGGUAUUGAUGUCCAAUUCAGAAAUUACCUUGAGGUUGAAACUGUCUGCUGUUUGGGACGUACAAACACGACUAACUGUGGCAAGAAUCUGUUGAAAGUAAUGUCCCCAGCACUAGAACCAACUUCUCUUGUUGGACGUGAGUUGAGUGAUUGAAAUAGAGUUAGGAGACUGAAAUGCAAGUUUUGAAACAUGCUAGACGGCAGAGAAGCAUGCGACUUCUUUUUUGUAACUGUGUAAAAGAGUAAUUUUUGGAACAAACAGAGAAAUUGUGGUGUAAAGAGAAUCUCAGUUUUAAGCAAGGGGGAUAUGAUAUUCUGUAGGCGUUUGUGUAUGAAUAUGAAUUUUAGCAAUGAUGAAUCCAUUUUUGACGCUUUAAA